AGGCAAGCGCGGACAGCUCCAGCCCGCGGAGAAAUGGGCACCGUUCGCCGUGCUGGUGGUGGCCAGCCUGCUGGUCAUGGUGGACCUCACGCGCCACGUGCUGCUCGACGCCGACGUGGCGGUCAGCUCUCUGCACAUGUUCAACGCAGACGGUCUCGGCACGUGCUCGGCGCGGACGGCGGCGCGGUGGGGCAGGCAGCCUCACCGCCGCGGGCAAGAUCGGACAGCUGGCCCGCUUGGGUCGGCAACGUCCUGCUCUUCGUCGGCCUCGUCUGGUACGUGCUGCCCGCCAGGGCCUGCUGCGCGUCGCACGCGUACAAGCCCGGGCUGUAGAGGACGAGCGAGUGACGACCGCGAAGACGACGGCGAGGACCCCCUCCGCCGCUGCUCAGGCCGACGGAGCACAUCGUGAACGGCGCGGCGCAGCAGCCGGGCCCCUGCGUGGCGCGGCUGCUGGGCCGCGCCCUGAGCCGCGGCUCCGCGCGGAGGCGGCCGGCGACGCCCUGUGACCCUGCCGUCGGCCGGCGCUCUUCUCCUCUGCCGCCCUGCCCGCCCUCUCUC